UGGCCUCGCCUGAACAAAACCCAGUUAUACAGGCUACAUCAAAGUUGAUUGGCGGGUACGAGCGUUGCGCGCCCUCGCUGUGUCUAGCUCUCGUAGCCGGUUUCUCCCAUUCACAUGUAAAUGAAUCGUCAUAUAUACCUAGUCCUUGCCCCCUCCGAGCAGCACUGAGGAGCCCAGUCCCUCUGAAAGCUUUGUCGGCCGCUGGGAUCACCCGGCCAUCUGUCCCAUUGACAAGCUGUAACGGCUCUCUGGAUUUACACGCCAACCUCCAGUCCAGUGGCAGCGCCUGGGUUAAACUUAACAUGGCCCCCAUCCGUAACAACACAAACGGCACGGACCGAGGUGAUAACUGCAGCGGAAUUCAAUCUGACAGAAAGAUGAGGAAACCUCUGGUCGAGAAGAAAAGAAGAGCUCGUAUCAAUGAAAGUUUACAAGAACUCAGAGUGCUCAUGGCGGAUGCGGACUUACAAUCAAAGAUGGAGAAUGCCGAAGUGCUGGAGAUGACAGUGAAACGGGUCGAGAACAUCCUGCAAAACCGGGCACAAGAAGUGGACACCGUGAACCGGGAGGCCUGUGAGCGGUUUGCCGCGGGCUACAUCCAGUGUAUGCACGACGUCCACACUUUUGUAUCCAGCUGCCCCGGGAUUGACCCAACAGUGGCCGCGGAGCUGUUGAACCACCUCCUGGAGAGCAUGCCCCUGAACGACGAGGACCGCCUCCGGGUGAUGCUCCCGGACGCGGUGGCGGAGUCCCCCGGCGGUAACAGCAGCACUUGGCCCGUGUUUGAGAGCAUGUAUUCGGCUAUGGUGUCCCCGGCCCCCUCCUCCUCCACCGAUGACCUCUGCUCUGACCUGGAUGACACUGACUCGGAGCAAAGUCACGUUUCUUCCUCAGAGGAGGCUGACAGCCAGGAUGUGUUAAACUUAACUUACUCCAAAUUAAUGUGGAGACCCUGGUAGAUCAAUAUAAAUAAAAUAAUAGCAUAUUUUAGUUGAUUUAAUGCUUUGUGUUUGUGGGGUAGGCCUCAGUGCAUGGCAACAACACUGCUGAAACUUGUUAAAAAGGUAUCUGAGAAGCUCUUUGUGUAAUUAUUGGUGAACUGCAAUUAAGCUAAAAUGUAUUUAAUAAAUAAAAUGUAAGUAAAUCUGUUUUGCAGAGGUCAGAGACUUUUAGGGUAUUCAUUUUGAUGCGUAUCGGCCUGCCUUCAGUGAAGGGGUAAUUGCAAUUGUAAAUAUUUACUUGUUGAAUAUGACUGGGCUGUAUAGAAGAUAGCUGUCCCACUAGAAGUUAGUCGUAUGUAAAUUAUUUUGUAUUUAGGAAGUCUUAACUUUGUAUUUAUAUGUGACUUUUAGGAGGCUACCUCAUCUGAUCGCCUAAGUUUUUAAUAAAUAUCUUUUUGACUUUUUAAA